GAGUUGCGCACCGCGACGACGGCACGUCUGGAGAGGCAGCCAGACGAAUGAUUAAAGACUUCGAGCCGCAGAUCUGCCUCGUGGAGCUGGACCAGCAGCGCUUCUCCCGGCUCCUGGCCUUUCGGCAAGGCCUGCCCUGGCCUUAUGCACCUUUGCGGGGGGCGAAUUAUCAGCCGAGCCCGCAAGUGCAAGCGAUGCGCGAGGUGUUGUUCUCCGGGCUGGAGCUUGCCCAGAGUAUCGUUGGCAACAAGGACAAGGGCGGUGGCGACGAGUUCUACGAGGCCUACCUCGCAGCAGCCAAGAACGGAGCUUUGGUCGUUCCGGGAGAUGUUCAGAUCUCCAGCGCCCUGGACAGCCUCCUGGGGGCCAUCCGCCGCGGUUUCGCCGAGCCUUUGGGGCAGAUGGCUGCAGGAGGAAGCGCACUUGGUCGAGCCUUCGGCGGCAUCAUCGGCCGUCCGGAGUGGCAUGCUCCUGCCGCGGAAGCUGUGGGUGUAGCUGUGCCCAUGGCUCUGGUGGCCGACGGUGGGGGGCGUGCCUUGCCCCUGGCACGGGCGACGGCCGUAGGCAUCAUCGUCGCCAAUUUCGUGUCCUUGGUGAUGGGAGGUAAUGGCAUGAAAGAGAACAUCGAAGGCUUGCAGCGCAUGGACCUGCAAGGCCUCACAGACGUGGCCUUGGCGUUGUUCGGCCUCGUCUUCUCACUGGCGCCGACCUCGGCAGAGCUCUGA